AUGCCGACCUCGCCGCCAGCCAGCACCAUCAGCAAGGGGCCUGCUCUCCGGGCGGUCAUAAUCACGGGUGGUUCCUCGAGUGUUGGCGCCAACGCGAUCCAACUUGCCGUCGCCGCGCGCUACGACGUGCUGUCCACCAGCUCCCCCAAGAACUUUGACUUUGUAAAGAGCCUUGGAGCCGCCCAAGUGUUUGACUACGACAGCAAGACGCUGGCGGGCGACCUCCUCGUCGCCCUCGAGGGCCGCUCGCUCGCUGGGGCUUACGCCAUCGGUGACGGCGCCGUGGAGGUGUGCACCCUCGUAAUGACGCGCCACAAGGACACGACGCAGAAGUUUGUCACCAUGGCAGGCGGCUCGCCCCUGGGAGAGAAGCUGCAGAGCUUGACUGGGAUUCAGGUCCAGUUUAUCGAUAUGAAACAUUCUAUGUAA